AUGGCUCCCCUGUUCCCCUCUACGCAUUGCAGCAACAGCUGGCCAUGCAGAUUGUGUGUCUCUCUCUUGAUCCAUCAUGGAGCUGAACUGGAACUAGUGGAUGUAAAAGGGCAAACACCUCUGUUUGUGGCCACAGAAAAUGGACACUUGGAAUGUGUUCAGGUUCUUCUAAAAGCUGGAGCAGACCCUAAUGGCAGCCCACAUAAUCGGAGUUCCCCGGUAUAUCACGCAGCUCGUAUGGGCAGAGCUGAUAUAUUAGAAGAGCUGAUCAGGUACGGUGCGGAUGUGGAUGUUGAUCACCAGCUGUCGUGUGGUUUGGGAUCUUCCCCUCGAUCUCUGACAUCGUUGUCGUGCACGCCGCUGUAUAUUAGUGCAGCAGCAUAUGACAGUUUUCCAUGCUUCCGUCUCCUGCUUCAGGCUGGUGCCAACCCUGAUUAUAACAGCUGGAGUAUGGUAUGCGAAACAAACUUUUCACGAGCAUCUCCAUCUUGUGUGUUGGAGGCAGUUCUCCGGCAUGGAUGUGACCAGCCAUUUGUUCAGUUGCUUAUUGACUAUGGGGCAAAUCUGAGUCUUGUACACAAAGAACCUAGUGUUGAGGAAAGCCCCAGGAGGAAAGUGAACCAAGAAGCCCUGAAACUCUUCAGGGAUGCAAAAUGUUGUACACGAACCCUAUCAAGUUUAUGUCGUAUUGCUGUGCGGAGGGCGAUUGGAAAACAUAGAUUGUCCUGUAUUAAUAGCCUCCCUGUUCCAUCCCGUGUUGUGCACUACCUUCUUUAUGAGGUCUGA